AUGUAUACUAUUUCCGAUAUUCAAUUCGACGGCAAUCUCUUUCAACACGCUACAGAAUGCAUUCUGCUACUUUGUGAAACGUCAACCGCAUUCCCUAUUAUACCAAUACCUCAUGCUAAUCUAUUGGCAUUCAUACAAGUCUUUCCUCAAAGUCAAAACUGUCGAACUUACAUUAGGAAUAAUCCUCAUCCGGGCCAUACAUUAUAUGCAUAUGAAGAUAAUCUGUAUCAAUGGCUGAGAGAUGGUUUCGAUAUGUCGAAUAAUCUUCGGAAUUUGACAGUUUUUUGUCACGCUGAUAAGCAAUUUUAUGUUCAAGAUUGGAUAGAUUUCUAUCAACAACAACUCAAUGGACAAACUGUGGGCAUAUGUAUCUUUGAAAAGCUAAAUGAAGAAUUGUUGUUGACUGGUCAGAAGUACAUUCGUAGUCUUCGCGAGACAUUUAGACAUAAUGUUGCAAUUCACAAUCAGUUGAAUGAAUAUUUUCGUAACAUAUGUAACGCUUUGGAAGAACUAGCAUUGCAAAAUGCCGCGCUUCUUGAUUAA